UCGCGGGAAAUUCGAUUUCGCGCCAAUCUCGCUGUGGCUUUGUUGCCGAACAGUUUUGUCGGGAAACGACUUUAUGAGUUUCGAUGCUUGAGGCAAUCGUGGUCAUCGGGAAUCAUCAUAAUGAAAUAAAAGUUACAUGAAGCCUGGAGUGCAUUUGCCAAAAAAUAUUGUCACUAUUUGUGACUUUAUUUCAUUAAAAGCAUAAUCAGAUAAGAAUAUUUUUCAACUCAAAAUAUUCGUAUGACGGAAUGAACGUACGGAUUCUUUAAAGCUCUGUUUCGCAGGAAGAUACUAUGCCUAGGAAGCAAACCCUCGUUCAUCGAAGAGGACUUUCCGAUAUAAAACAAGAACCACUGGAAAUAACAACAGCACAGACUGCAAACAUAUCUUCUGUUUUGUGUUCUCCUUCGGCGGACUAUGCAUACGAGUACAGCAGCCAGCGCAACAGAGUAUUGGAAGCGGAGCAGAUAGGUGCUUACACACCUCAGUCAACAACCUCCAGUCAAUCGCCGUGCAAAACAUCAUUAACAGGCAGAUCACAGGUGAAGCGGAAAUUGGAUUUAGAAGAUGUCAAACUUGAGGGAUUCAAAACUCCCAAAAGUUGUAAGCGAAGAAGGGGUUCAGAGGCAAGUCCAAGAGCAACGUGUGGACGCUCACCAGCAGAAAAAACUCGAUAUGACACCUCUCUAGGUCUUCUGACGAAAAAGUUUGUUGGCUUGUUGAGAAGUGCUCCAGAUGGGGUGGUUGACUUAAACAGAGCCUCAGAAAAACUGGAGGUGCAAAAAAGAAGAAUAUAUGAUAUUACAAAUGUCCUGGAAGGAAUAAAUCUCAUCCAGAAAAAAUCAAAAAAUAAUAUACAGUGGAGAGGUGCUGCUGGGUGUAGUUCUGCUAGUCAGACAAGAAUCCUUGGAACUCAUCUGUGUUCAGAUCUUGAAACAAAGGAGAAUGUCUUGGAUGAAAUGAUUCAGCAGUGUACUCGCCAGCUCCGCCUUUUAACAGAAGAUUCUGAAAAUGCUAAAUUAGCAUAUGUAACCUAUCAAGACAUUCGCAGCUUGUCAUCGUUAGAUGACCAGACAGUUAUUGCAAUCAAAGCCCCUCCAGAAACAAGGUUAGAGGUGCCAGAUCCCACCGAGAGUAUUCAGAUUUGGUUGAAAAGUACUCGGGGUCCUAUAGAGGUAUUUUUAUGUCCUGAAGAACUUCCUGGCUCCAGUAGAGAGCAUGCUGCAGAAUCUACAGAAAGCUGUACAGAAACAGAAGCAACAUCAGAAGCAAGCACUGAUGCUUCACUUCCAUCAAAAAAAGUGUGUCGGUCUGUAAAUAUUAAAGAAGAAUGCUUGUUCUUGGAGGACUCUGCCCCUAAAAGCAAUCACCAAGGAUCAGCACCAAUGAUGAAGCAGGCACUGCUGGAACAGGCGGACAUCUCUCCCUCCUUUCAUUCCAGUCUUCUGCAGCAAACUACAGAUCAAGAAACAGACAUGCCUUUUGUGUCUCUUGAACCUCCUUUUGAUGUCGAUGAUAAUAUAUUUGGCUUCAGCAGUGCAGGGAUUGCUGACUUGUUUGAUGCUUAUGAGAUAGAUUUGUGAGCUUUUUCAUGAUCACCUUUUUAAGCUGGUGAUUUGAUAGUGUGGUCUCCCUUGUCUUUUUUUCACAUUGUUGACUUGACACAGUAGCCGUGUAUCUAUAGUGACCUUCUCUCCUUAUUUACACAUUUUUACAAAAAUAGCUGUUGGUGCAAAAAUUGAAAAUAAAAACUGCAGAAGAAUUUGAUAUGGUCAUUUGAGAUGUAGGCAUUGUCUGCUGCAAUCCUUAACUCUUCCCUUGUGAACAAAAAGCAAUACAAUUCAUCGCUUACAAUAAGAGAGAUGGCACAGUAUGUUCCAAGACUGACACCUACUAAACACAAUAAAGACAGCCAACAGUGACACCGCAUGCUUGGCUAUUUUAGCUCCAUAUGGCAAGUAAUUCUUAGUAAAAUAAUUGCUAAAAGUACCAACACUUCUUCCCGUUUUUGUUCCUUUAUUUACUCACAGCAUGAUGUGUUUUGUGACACUACAAUGUGCAAAACAGGCACCGGUUUAGUUCACUUCAAAGAAUGUAAACUGUAAGGGAAGAGUUUAGGAUAAUGACAUUUUAGGACAGACUGUGUAUAGCUAAUUGACCAUGAAACGACUGGAAUUUGAAUUCUUUCCUUAGAAUUGAAACUAAAAUCAUCAUGUCUCAGUAUAUGUUAACCAUUUGCAUGUUGUGUUUUUUUAUAUAUAUGAAAAAAAUUGUGGAAGAUUUUAAACUAGAUUUGUUUUAUAGAAGAUUUUUAAAGAUAGUAUAGAUCAUCUACUUUGAUCUGGUACUAUUUGCAACGUAGAUAUGUUAUUACCCCAGCCCAACUCUCACUGCCCAGUUCAGCUCUACGUGUGUGAUAGACAGGAGGCUGUGGUACAUUAACAGAUGUUCUUUGUCUGUGAAGGACAAAAUUGGUUUAGUCAUCUGUUCCAUGUAGGUACAAGUGAAAUUCAAAUACUAGUUCUUGUGCUCAAGCAAGACAAAUGAUUGGCCAGCAUCUUCUUGACUCAUAACUGGCAUGAUUUUUUAGUUUCGUUUUUUUUUUUUUUUUAACAAAUGAGUAAAAUGUGUACUCUCAAUCUAAUCACUAAAUGCUGUCAGAAGUGAUUGUACAUAGUACAUAGUGACUGCAAAAACUGUGUACUAAGCCUAAUCACAUACUCUUGUCUCUGUUUCAUUUGUUGCACUAGAGAGCCCAUGCCAUCAAGUAGGCAGCCUGUAUAUCUGGUUCUUUCAAGCAGAAACAAUCACUUUUACUCUUCAACCCACACUAAAGGAUAUGUGUCAUUCCAAGCUGCCCCUUUUAGAGCAUACAAGCCCUUUUAUCACAGUCUCAUAUUUUCCCUAUCUCCCAGCUGACAAGUUGACUACCACUCAAGUAACAGCUGAUGCUCUGAUUUUGGUGCUGCAAGUAAACAACGUUUUAUCUGUAUGAUGUAGGUUUUCUUUAUUGCCACAGAAGUUGCUUCUCAUAAUGUGCUUGAAAAUGAAAGUGCUUAACUCUCAACCAUUGUCACUAAACGCUGACUUGUGCUUUAUGCCUUUAAGUAAAAUAAGGUUUGAUUCAGGUGCUUAACGGAGGGUCACAUAAAGGAGUGGAAAGGGUGCCAGUUGGGAAACCCGAAAGGUGUGCAACUGGUGCACUUUCACCAUUGCUGCAUCUCAUCAUACUCCUUAGGGGCCUCAAAGGACAGAAAAUGUAGGGUCACAACAGCAAGAAAUGGUAGAAACAUGCAGACUUUGCCCUACAGCAUCAAAUAUGUUGGGUGGUGAGCAGAAUGCUAGUUUUCUUCAUAACAGAUCACGAACAUACAAGUGCAGCAAUGGGAGAAUAGGAAGGGCUAUGCUAGAGUGCCAUUUCUUUGCUCUCAUUUCACAUGUUUGGCAGCUAAACUGUUGUAGGGAUAUAGCUCAGUGUUCUUUUGAAAUUUGUUUUUGUUAAAGGGUAUUUUCCCUUUUAUUCCAAGCUAUCCCACAAAGGCAAAUGACUACACUUGUUGCUUUCCUCCAUAAACAUGGUCACAAAAGUCCAAGUGUCUUGAACUUUCUUAAUUUGGAAUACAGUAGUUUAUGGACUGAAAAUUGUAUAUAACAAUGAAAUGUGCCUUAAAGAGAGAGGAGUGCCGGUGCUGCCAGCAGUUUUACUCUGCAUUCCCAUUGAUUUACUUUUUAAGGGGGGGACUAGGGAUGCAGAGAUUAAGUCAGAAACGGUGUCUUUUUAUCACUAACGUUAUUUCUUUCUUUUAUUUUACCUGUGAGAAGGGUUUUAUUUAUUUAUAUAGCAUAUUAUUUAUUCAGAUUCUGCGGUAUGUGUGUGUGUGAAAGAAUGGUGGAGUUUAGGGAUAGUCCUGACAUAGCAGUCCUGCUUUUUCAGUGAUAUCUCAAGACAGACCACAUGAAAGGUUUUUUCUGUACCCCAAGUAUUUCUUUACUGGUGACAGCACUAAUAGUGUGUAUAAAAGUUAGGAUAGACAGUUUUUUAAAGAACAAUUGCAUUGGCAAGAGGUGCCAAAGAAUAGUAUUGUGUGUGCUUAUAUUGAAACAUUCCUUGUGUUUUGCCAGCAACAAGGUCAGUUACAAGAGGCUUAAUUCAAACUUUCAACACAAAGCUUUGUCACAGAAAAAUAUUUAGUAUUUUAGACAUAAUUGUGAAUUUCAAUGUAAGCUUGCUUGAGAAAAUAAAGUGAAUUUUGUGUGAAAAA